AUGGCCAACAGACAGCCCAUCCAGCCUAGGAUGACAAGACCCUAUUUCCCCUUGCGCCCACAACUCCGAAUCCUGGCAUCCAGGGCUCCCAGGUCAGAGCUGCCGCUGCUCCCCUCCAGAGCUCCAGACCCUGUCAAGCCGCCCUCUGCUAUGCAGGUUCGCCGUACCCGCCCCCCUGGUCGUCCCCGGGCCCUACCUGGAGUCCUUGUGCGGCUCCUUGCACUGGGACACCUGCUGGACCUCUGUCUCCCCGGGACCAGCUGGAUGCUGAGCUCAGGAUGUGGCACCUGCCUGCCAGGCUUGCGAUGCCAAGUUCAAGUUGGUGGAGUGGCUUGUUACCAUCUGAAGCUCCCGGCUCGCCCUGGGUCGAGCCACUGCCUCCCGCAGACCCUCUGUCGGCCACCGUGGCCCAGCCCGGGGCUCCGCCCCUUGACUGCUACCCGCCUGCGGGCUUCCUGGGGUCCCUGGCCCCCCAAGCCCCUCGGAGCACACUUAUGGUCCGCGCCCCAGCCCUGCCUGGAGCCUGCCAGGCUCCUUCGAUGGCUCUGGUCAGCCGGAGCUGAGCUGAGCGCUCCGGAGCCGGGCGCUGCGGGUGCGGACGUCCCUCCCCCCAGGCUAUCCGUCGGGUUUGGAACACAGACUCAAGUCUGUACUGUUAAGUGUAUCCUUCCGGUGGCCUGGAUCUGCCCACUCGGCUUCCCACCAUUUGCUUGUGAGGACAAAGAUGGAGUGUGCCCACAGCAGCAGCAGCUGCUGCACAGCAUGGCCGAUGCAUGGAUAACAGAGUGUCAGCAGCCGCUUCGCAAGGCAACUGUUCGCAAGGUUAAACACAUCAAAAUAGGGGGUGUUUUCACACAGCUGGCCUUCAUUAAACAGUGUUUUCCUACGUAUGCUUCGGAUAAAGGUGAAGUUAGAGAAAAAGCUUACAGCGCAGAAAGAAACAGAGUGGUAGAAGCUGCCAACAUGCGGACUGUUGGAGUGAAGGCAUCCCUCUCAAGAUGUUGGCUUCUCUCCACCGUAGACUGGCUGACAGUGAUCUUCAUCAUCCUUGGAGCCCUCCUUUUCCUGCUGCUGAUUGGUGUGUGCUGGUGCCAGUGUUGUCCUCAGUGUUGCUGCUGCUACGUCCGCUGCCCCUGCUGUCCUACCCGCUGCUGCUGCCCCGAGGAAGCCCUGGCCCGCCACCGCUACAUGAAGCAGGUUCAGGCCCUAGGUCCUCAGAUGAUGGAAAAACCCCUGUAUUGGGGGGCGGACAGGAGCUCCCAAGUUUCAUCUUAUGCAAUGAACCCGCUGCUGCAGCGAGAUCUGUCCUUACGGUCCAGCCUUCCCCAGAUGCCAAUGACCCAGACGGCCGCUCACCCUCCCGUGGCCAACGGUGUCCUGGAAUAUUUGGAGAAAGAAUUGCGGAACCUCAACCCAGCUCAGCCUCUGCCUCGCGAUUUUAGAGCCAAAUCUGGCCACCCUUGUAGCAUGCUGUCCUCUCUAGGCUCCGCACAGGUUGUGGAGCGCAGAGUCAUCCACCUUCCCCCGCUGAUCAGAGACCCACUGUCCUCCAGGACCAGCGACUCCUCCCACCAGCAGCGGCUCAACCCUGUUCCUUCCAGACCUUGGGAUCCCAGUGAGGGCCGGAGGCAGCGCCAUCACUCUGACUUCCUCCAAGAGCUCCAGGACCGGGGGAUCAGGCCCUGGGCCCCGGAAAGAAGGGAGCUGGACCCCCAUUGGAGUUGGAGACACCACCGCUCUAGGCCCAGCGAGUCCUCCAUGCCCUGGUCAGACUGGGACAGCCUGAGCGAAGGCCCCUCGUCCAGUGAGGCCCCUUGGUCCCCCAGACGAUCAGAUCCCCGGGAAGGCGCCCAGAGACACGGGAGACGCAGGCAUCGCAGCUACUCGCCUCCCCUGCCCGCGGGCCCCAGUUCUUGGAGCUCUGAAGAGGAGAAAGAGUCACUGCCCAGGAACUGGGGUGCCCAGCGCCACCACCGCCGCCGCCGCCGCUCACAGUCCCCGAACUGGACUGAGGAGAAGCCACCCAGCUACCGUUCACUGGAUGUUACUUCAGGCAAGAACAACAUGAAAAAAGGGAGUGUGGAGAGGCGCUUGGAGAGAGAGAGCUCCCAUAGUGGACGGAGUGUGGUCAUUUAGUCUCCAGGCGCUGUACCGCUUCAAGGAUCCCACGUGUCCUCAGCAUUGCCAAGAUUUCCAGCUGUCUUGGGAAGGACAGAACACAUCUGUGUCUCACAAGUUCGGACAUAGCUUCUAGGAAUCAAAUAGAAGAAUUUUCAGAACAGAAGCCAACAUUCCCGUUGUUCAUGCCCUCUGCCUCUUACACGAUCUCUGAGUUGAAAGAGGCCUUAGCUAGGAUAUGAUCCCUUGGGAACAUAGUAGCACAAGUGUUCAAGUAGGUCAAGGUGCUCAGGACCAAGGCGUUCACAUAAUGACAACUCAGGAAUCUUAAAGAAGAAAUCAACUGUAUUUCAGAAACAGGAAACCUAUGGGAUAUUAUAGGCAAAUUUCCAUGGGAACUUCCUGUCCUCUCUUGAACUUUAGGGUUUUCCACUAAAGUGUCCCCACCUGUGGUCCUGAGUUUCCAGUCCAAGCAAGUGCAGAAGUUCUCCAUCUCUGUGCACACCCACAGGCUGUUUAGUGCAACUCCAGAAAAUAAGUUUUUCAACAACCAUAUUCUCGAUUAUUUUCUUCUUGCUCCUUUCCCCUACACUUAAUUUAUUUUCUUAUAUAUAAUAAUAGAAUGAUGCUAAAAUCACUUUAACUACUUGCAAGCACCACACAGUAUAAACAAGAAAAAUUAAUGCAGUGGGUUGAAGAUUCCAUCCCAAAUAAAUAUCUGCUUUUCUACUUUGGGUUCCUACUUUAUUCAUUGGUUUAAGCCUAUCUCCCAGUAAAAUUCAGAGAAUGAUAUGAAUCGGGCCAUGAUAGGUAGCUCUGAAGCUACCAUUCUCUUGGGGCUACUGAAUGGUUCAGGAUUGUGAUGUCCCAACCAUUAGCAUGUAGGUAGGCUUUGCCACUCACAGAGUCCCCAGAGGAAAGAGCUGCACCCUUCCUGUAAUAGGGCGAUCACUGCUUCCCAUUUUCCACUUGGUUGCUUCACAGAUAUAUUUAUGCUUGAUGUGUUGGCUUUCUCUGAGUCGACUGGAAGGAGAUGGAUCCAACGGUAUUGAUAUUGUACAGAUAAGUAUCCCUACCUGUGUGGUCGCAAGCUCAAUUUAGAGCUAAUUGUAUCAACCUAUCCAUUUUAAUCCAGACUCAAAAUUAAAAGUGAAAAAAAAAAUAGGCUAACUUCCUGUGUUUGGCAGAGGUUAUUUUCAGGACUUAUAAAAUCUGAA